AAUGGGGCGUGGGCUGAAAUAUCCAAGCCCAGACAAAAGGGAGGUUCUGCAUAGUGAUGCGUUUUGAGGGGGGUGUUUCUUCAUCGUAAAACCCUAGGAAAAGCUUGGGCAAUGACAAUGAAGCGAGUGUGGAGAUUCUCUUCAGACGCAGCGCAAGCUCAAUUGUUUCUCUCUCAAUUCCAUGGAAAAUCUCACUCCACAAAGCCCAGAAUCGUUCCUUCCUUCAUCGCUCGCCAGGUCAAUACCCUUUCAAACGGAUUAUCUGAAAUCGCUGUCUUGUUCACUGCGAAGCCUGGCUCUUCAUCCGAAAACUAUAGGAUGGCAAUUUUGAGGAACCAAUUGGUUCGAGAAUCUUCAGACUCUGUUCGGGUUCGCAAGAUUUUGGAUGAGAAUUCUGAAGCUUUGAAUCUGCAUCAACCUGGUGGACACGCGUUGCUUGAGCUUUUGUAUCAAUUGAAUUCAAACCCUUCUCUUGCCCUUCAGGUGUUUAAUUGGAGAAGAAAGAACUCUAAUGUUGGAAACCCUAUGAAUUAUUUUGAGUACUCAAAGGGUAUAAAACUUGCAGGUAGAUGUAAGAAUGUUGAUUUUGCAUUUGAACUCUUUAAAGAGGCUUCAACCAAAGGUCUCAGGUCAACCAGCACUUACAAUGCACUUAUGGCUGCUUAUAUGUUUAAUGGUCUUGCUGAUAGGUGCCAGUCUUUGUUCUGUGAUAUGAAGCGGGAUCCAACAUGUAAUCCAUCCAUUGCCACGUACAAUAUUCUUUUAUCUGUUUUUGGUAGCUUGAUGCUGGUUGAUUACAUGGAAGCUACAUUUCAGGAGAUAAAUAAGUUACAUCUUGACUUGAAUAUAUGCACUUAUAAUUAUUUAAUUUCUGGAUAUAUUGCUGCUUGGAUGUGGAAUGACAUGGAAAAGGCUUUUCAAAUGUUGAAGUCCAGUCCUGUCCGACCUAACUUGAAAACCUACCUACUAAUGCUUCGUGGGUAUGCACAUUCGGGUAAUCUGGAAAAGAUGGAAGAGAUGUAUUCCUUGGUAAGGGAUCAUGUAAAUGAAAAGGAAAUUCCACUGCUCAGGUCUAUGAUAUGUGCCUACUGUAAAAGUAAUCAAGCAGAUAAAAUUAGGAAAAUAGAGGUAUUGUUGAAGCUUAUUCCAGAAGAAGAGUACAGGCCAUGGUUAAAUGUAUUGUUAAUUAAGCUUUAUGCCCGAGAACACUGGAUAGAGGAAAUGGAGAAUGCACUAAAUGUGGCAUUUGAGCACGGAACCCCUGUAACAACCGUGAGUAUUAUGAAAUGCAUAAUUACAACUUAUUUUCGCUCCAAUGCACUAGACAAGCUAGAAAAUUUUGUGAGACGUGCUGAAAGUUUUGGUUGGAGAAGCUGCCGCUCCUUAUAUCAUUGUAAGCUGGUCAUGCUUGGAGGACAACAUCACUUAAAUAAAAUGCAGGAUGUCCUUUGGGAGAUGGAAAGUGUCAACCUUGGUUGUACAAAGAAAACACUGUGGAUAAUGUACAAGGUUUACUUCAGCUGUGGCCAGAAAUCCAUGGUUUUGAAAACAUUGGGACAAAUGUUUAAGCAUGGUCAUGAAGUUCCCCUGCAUGCAUUUCCAUCAUAAAAUGCCAUUUUGUGUUAUACAUUAUUUGGGGAAGAAAACAUAGUACCCAUAGAUGCUAGUGAAAUUGAUCCUGAGAGAAAUUCAUUCCUGUAGGUUCUCUCUCCCCUGAUUUUGUGAUUCUCACUUUCCGCAGUAAUAAACAUUUAUGUACAUAACUUUGGAAGAGUGACAUUAGAAAAAGAAAGACACUUUAAAGAGCUGUACACUGCAUGCUCUUUCAGCUUUUUUUUUCCAUUUGUGGAUAAAACUGGGCUUUGUGAAGAAAAGUAAAUGUGGUCUUUCCUUGGUAAUUUACUGUUUAGUAAUAUUAGCAGGACAUGUGUGGAAGCUGGUUGCUGAUGCUUAAUUCUGAAUUUUGAAAUAUGAGAUGUCUAUAUGCUGAAGUCCUAAAAUUAGAAGGGUGUAGUUGCAUUAUGCUAUUGCAAAUGUACAUUUCAAUAUUUCAUGACUGAAUCCUUUGGUGAUAAUUGAGUUAAAAAGCAUGAUUUAGAAUUUGCCUACUACUUUAACAAAAUGCAGAUGUGAUAUGAAUCAUAAUAGUCAAUAUUGGGCGCGAUCGGGGAGCAGCACCGUGCCACGAUUUUGGGGCCAUCGUGUUGUGGCUCAGUAUAGUGGUUGUCUUGACGCGAAUUGCGACCAUGAAAGGGGAAAAUUGAAGCCAUCACGACUGCUAUGCCAAACAAGGGCAAAACAGGAAGUUUGUCCUUCCUUUCUAUAAGUUGGAAUGCUUUUUAAGAGGCAAUUUUGAGAUUUUGCCCCCGUUUAUAUAGAUCGAACCCUACCUCAUUCUCUUGCUUUAUCCUCGGCAUCACUUUCUUGUGCAAGUCACUAUUUUUGGCCAAGUUCAGUCAUCUUUUUUAUCUCCAAUAAAAUUCAACUUAUUUCUAAAAUGAACAUAUAGACAUUUUCGGGUUGUCUUUUUCAUCUCUAGUGAAACUCAAAAUAUUUUUUGAGAUGUAGACAUUUUUUUGAUGAUAAUGAGAUAUUUUUUGGCAAGACUAUAUGCAUUAGAGCUUUCUUUGGUGACUGACCCCUCUUUUGAUUUAUUUUCUUUCUCUGUUUAGAUUGUUUUCAAAAUAGCAUUCGUACUUGCUAUAGCGUUUUUGGGGUCAAUUGCUUUGCGUUGUUAUUCGGGAUUGACUAUUAUGAUGUGAAUCACGAGUUUUCUUAUCCCUUGUGUACAUCCUAGUAUACCACUUGAAAUGGUUUUGAAGAAAAGGAAACAAUUGUGUUUCUCUGCGCAUUAGGAUUGUGAAGGAAUUGGUAUUUCCUUGUGUAUUAGAAAUUUUUUUUGUGUGUGAAAGACACAAAAACAUGUCUCUUUUAGUGCACAUUUGUCUUAUUGGUGACUUCUCCUUUUCUCUGAAUUUUGUUGCUUAACAGUUUGCUCAUGUCUAAAGCUUUGGGAUUUGCUAUAGCACACUUCUGGAUGUUACUAGACAGUAUGCAGGUGCAUAAAAGUUUUUUUGUUGUAUUUUUGUGUAUGCAGAUAAUUGUUUUGGAAGAUGCAAAAGAAUAUAUUGGUUAUGACUCAAAAGAACAGAUAAAAGCAGAAGAUGAAGACCUUUUGAUCGAAUGGUUCCAUUUGCAAACGAAAGGAGUGCAUUGAAAUGAAAUUCAGAGUUUUGACCUUAAGGUCCGUUGGUUCAAUAAUACAUUUUCAUUCUGUUCUGAGGUAGGUGAUCCUGGAGCCCAUUGUAAAGAAGAGCAACAGGAUUGCCCUAUUUUUGAAGGGUGGUGCUUGAGGUGUGGCAAAUAGUGCACAGAUUUUGUAGCUUGACGCUGGAGCUGCCUCUGAAAGCCCAUUAAUACCCGUUGGUUGUGCACUUUAGUGAGAAUUUUGACAUUGGUUGAUCUUAUCAUGUGGUCAAAUUGUGUGUAGUUAGAAACAUUGUCAGCGAUUGAGAAUAAUACAUAUCUCCCAAUUUUGAGUGU